AUGGCCGAUUAUGGCCGUAUAGAUCCGUUUUCCUUCGCAGCGUCUCGAGAUAUUGAAAGCCCUGUCAGCAUCCGAAUAAUAGGAAUUGACGGAGACGUACCCCCCACCAAGUAUUCGACGCUCCUCGAUAAGCCUCAAGUUCGCCAUAUUGGCUCAAACACGAGGUAUGAUGCGAAUCAACAGGCGACGCUAGAGAUGAUCGCGCUCUAUGUCACGAUUCAAGUAUGGGCGGGCUCGAAGGCCCUAACUGUGCCCAUUCAGACGUCAUAUAAGUCCCCUCGUCAAGAGAGAAGGUGGAAUGAAUGGUUACGGCUUCCUAUUCAAUACAAGUCGAUCCCAGCCAACUCCCGCUUGGCCAUCACGAUAUGGGAUCUUUCACCAGCCGAAGGCCCGAACGAUGUCUGCCAUGCGACGCCGUUCGGAGGCACCACUCUCGCCUUGUUUGGCGAUGAUAACCAGGUUAUCAGAGGUCGUCAAAAGUGUUAUAUUCACAAGUACAAGCACGCGGAUGGGACCGAUGACACGACAACGCCGGCGGUUGUCAGGAUCAACGGGAAGGGGGCGCCUCAGCUGGCCAACUACACAGAAGAACUGGAAAGGAUGGAGAGCUUAUUCAAGAAGCACGAGAUGGGCGAGAUACCCCGAGUAGAUUGGCUUGACCAGAUGGUUUUUAGGGGAUUUGAAAAGAAGGGGUUACAUGCCGCCAAGAUGUCAACCAAGAUGCGCCAGCAAGAAGCCACCGCGGACGGCAACGACGAUAGCAGGGCAAGUGGCAUUCUGAACCAUUCUCGCGGAGACACACUGGACCCAUACGUAUGCGUGCUCAACGUGGAAUUACCGCGUUUCGACUUUCCUGUUGUCUUCGCCGACCACGAAUACGACCCUCCUCCGAUAUCAUCUCUUCAACCGCUUUCGGCCUCGCAAAUCGCAGCGCAGAGGCGACCCGAGGUUCAAUUUGGCCCUGGAAUUAAGGCAAUUGGCGAAAGCUCGGCGGAGUUUGGUUCACGGCUUGUGAUGAUUUAUGAUCCUGAGGUAGGGCAGAGAGACAACCCCGCCGAAGCGAAGCACAGGCGCCUCUUCCGAAGUUCCCAUCGACAUGGUAUCCUCGAUCGGGACCUCAAACCUAACGCAAAGGUCCGCGAUGAGUUGAACGUCAUCAUGUCGUACCCACCAACACAUAUCCUUACUCCAGAAGAGGCAGAUCUCGUCUGGAAGUUCAGAUAUCACCUGACCAAAGACAAGAGAGGUUUGGCCAAGUUCGUCAAGUCUGUCAACUGGAACGAUCAAAACGAGAUGAAACAAGCCGUCCAGGUUCUUGGCCGUUGGACGGAGAUUGACGUGGAUGAUGCCCUUGGAAUGCUGGGUCCAUCAUUUGAUAAUCCAACUGUUCGGUCGUAUGCCGUCGACCGGUUACGAAAGGCCGACGACAAUGAGUUGCUUCUUUACUUGCUUCAGCUCGUACAGGCUCUGAAGUAUGAGCACAUGUCUGCUGACUCCGGCGUGGAAAACAUACAAAACUCACCACUGGCGCAAUUCCUCAUCCAGCGUGCGGCGGCGAACUUCAUGCUAGGCAACUAUUUUCAUUGGUAUCUCAUGGUUGAAUGCGACGACUAUAGUCCGGAGCAGGAUGAACGGAAUCGCGAAAUAUAUCGCAAAGUCGCGUACGAGUUCAUGACGGAACUCGUCAAGCAGCCGGAUGGCAACGAAUCCCGGAAGACGCUCCUCAGGCAGGCGGAGCUACUUGCUAUACUGUCGAGAAUUGCAAACGACAUCAAGUUAUCAAGCGAACCAAUCGCCAAGAAAACGGAUAGAGUCAAGGCAUUCCUCGGAGAUCCAAAGAACGAGCUCCUCAACAUCGAUCCACCACUGGCGAUGCCCCUUGAUCCCUCUGUCAAGGUUACUAGUGUAAUACCGGAUCAAGUGACGGUGUUCAAGUCGUCACUGAAUCCAAUCAAGUGCACAUUCAAGACUACAACGGGCAGCCAAUAUCCGAUAAUAUUCAAACUCGGCGACGACCUAAGACAAGAUCAACUAGUCAUCCAGAUCAUUACCCUGAUGGACGAACUCCUCCAGAAGGAAAAUCUGGACCUAAAGCUGUCCCCCUAUAAGAUCCUGGCAACGAGCACGACGGCGGGUGCGUCUCAGUUCGUCCAGUCGCAAAGCCUGUCAAGUAUUGUGAGCAAGUACAAGAAUAACCCAGCGCUGGCCUACCUUAAGCACCACAACCCGGACGACCGACAGCCUCUCGGUGUUCGCCAAGAGGCACUGGAUACCUAUGUCAAAUCAUGCGCGGGAUAUUGCGUUAUCACCUACAUCCUUGGAGUUGGCGACCGGCAUCUUGACAAUCUCUUACUGGCUCCAGAUGGACAUUUCUUUCAUGCUGAUUUCGGUUAUAUCCUUGGCCGCGACCCCAAGCCAUUCGCGCCCGUUAUGAAGCUUUCCAAAGAAAUGGUGGACUGUAUGGGCGGAGUGCAAUCGGAGCACUACCGUCAAUUCAAGCAGUAUUGCUUCUUGGCUUACACUGCGCUGCGGAAAUCGUCAAACCUCAUUCUCAACUUGUUCAGUCUCAUGGUUCACGCCAAUAUUCCAGAUAUCAGGCUCGAGCCGGACAAGGCUGUGUUAAAGGUGAGGGAGAGGUUCCAUCUUGAGAUGGGAGAAGAGGAAGCGAUUCUUUACUUUGAGAGGAUCAUCGAAGAUACUCUAACGGCGUUUGCGCCUGUUGUUAUUGACAAACUGCACGAGUGGGCGCAGGCUCUUAGGGCUUAG